AUGCUCGUCCUCUUUCCUUCAACCAAACAACAAACCCUACAUUCGAGCAACCAUCCCCAUCCCACCCUCCCUCGCCGUGGUUCCGCUGCUACGCCUCCGCUUCUGCCGCCGAUGCUAGAUCUAGUUGGUGGUUUAGGGCUUUCCGAUUUGGCGUCGUCUUCUUCUUUUGCACAGCAACUACAGGGAAUAAUUGGCCCCAUUGAAUAAAAAGGAGCUUGAUCAGUGUAAGCAUAAAUAGAGGCAACCUUGAAGUGAGUCAGGUUACCAAGGUACCUGGCAUGUUGAAGUCUUAUGUGCAUAAUUAGAGUCGUCUGGAAGAUUCUAUUGCAAAAGGAUUGCAAGAGGAUUUAUAGCUGAAGAAUGUGCAACGUUUUGUUUAAAGGCCACCAAUAUCAUUAUUGUAUCAUCUUAUGAGCUUUUACUGUUUGCCAGUUGCUUUCCAUUUUCAACAUGAACAACCCCUACGGUGAAGAUCAAGAUGACACUACUGUUGUAGGUUUUGAAGUUCCAAAAUCACCUGAUUCAAGCUACAAUAACGUGUACCCUGGGCAUGAAGAUGAGGCAAAGGACCCACCUCCUGUCCCUCCACACCUGCUACACCCCUUGCUCAGCCAUCCGUCAAGCAGAGACACUUCUGGGACUCUUCCAGUGCCGCAAAAUGUGAUUCUCAACCAUCUUUACAUUGAAAAUAGGGAGACCCCACGAUCUGUGGUGGCACUUGGUAUCACUCACCGUUUCCGAUCAAAAUUUGUUACAGUAGUGCUUUACAAGCCAGUUCAAAGAAGUGCUAGUACCAGCACUUAAUGUGCAUACACGUAAACCUUCAUUAGGAUUGCUUGUCUGUCCUUGUUUUGACGGGGAGGAGAGUGAUUACAGAACCCAAAUAGGAAAAUUGAAGAAUGUUUAUCGCCUUGAGAGGCCUAUGAACCUAGAUUUUGUUUCAUCAUUUGACUUUCAAUUUCUCUGGACUUGAAUUAUCAAUGCCAUCUUAUGAGGGUAGAUCCCCCAUUCAUUUA